UGGGAGCAGGUACCUGUCAAAUUCAGGUACCCGCUCCCACUUCCAGUGCAAUCAUCUAAGCGAUCAGAAGCGGAAGGUGUCCUCCCUCCCUCCCUCUCUGUAGUUUUUUUGGGACACUUGACAGGUCCCAGAAGACUACCGGACCAUUCAUGAAGCGCAACGCUACUCGCACAUGCGCAGUGGGUACCCGGCUGUGAAGCCGCAAUCUAUCCCAGCUGGGUGCCGACACUGAGGAUGCCGGCCUCCUGGAAUACAAGACGGCCGGUGAAACAGGCUGCAGGGGACACAUGGCAG